AACACGAAAAGGAAACUCGAAUCGCCUCCUUUUUCCCUUUCUCACUCCCUCGACAAUAUCAUCCGUUUCUCAUUCCAUUUUGCUACCUCGUUUUCGAUAUCUCGAAUCCUUUUUCCCAGGGCUAUUUCUUUGUUACGGUUAGGGUUAGGGAUUGUUGAUGGGGCAGCAAUUGUUGAUCUACGCGUUCGUUGCUCGCGGCACCGUGAUUUUGGCGGACUUCACUGAAUUCACCGGUAACUUCACCAGCAUAGCCUCUCAGUGCCUCCAAAAGCUGCCGGCGUCUAGCAACAAGUUCACCUACAACUGCGAUGGACACACCUUCAACUACCUCGUUGAUAACGGCUUCACCUACUGUGUGGUUGCUGUCGAGUCUGUUGGCCGACAGAUUCCUAUUGCCUUCCUUGAGAGAGUCAAGGAGGAUUUCAUCAAGAGAUAUGGUGGAGGAAAAGCUUCUACAGCUGCUGCAAAUAGUCUGAACAAGGAGUUUGGGCCAAAACUGAAGGAGCAGAUGCAGUAUUGUGUCGAUCAUCCAGAGGAGAUCAGUAAGCUCGCCAAAGUGAAAGCUCAAGUCUCUGAAGUCAAAGGUGUUAUGAUGGAAAACAUAGAGAAGGUUCUUGACCGUGGAGAGAAAAUUGAGCUUCUGGUGGACAAAACAGAGAACCUUCGUUCUCAGGCGCAAGAUUUCAGGCAGCAGGGAACCCAGAUCCGGAGGAAGAUGUGGUAUCAGAACAUGAAGAUAAAGUUGAUAGUCCUCGGUAUCCUGGUUGCCUUGAUUCUCAUCAUAGUACUGUCGAUAUGCCAUAAUCAUUGCUAGUUGAACGAGUUUGAAUGGCGUUUGCAUGCCAUUGGAGUUGUCGCUUUGUCACCAGUGGAUUGAUGGUGCUGCAUUCAGAAGUUACUAUCAAAGCUGUUUAGCUAUCUUUUUCUUUCCUUUUGUUUCUUUUUGGGAGUACACGGGCUGGCUCUUCCCCUGUAGCCUAAUAUACCGUAAGACAAUGGAUGUAUAUUUUGUUGGGAAAUGCAUCUUUAGAUCUUGAUUGAAAUUAAUGCCCGUGCUCUAAACUUAUAAAUGGAAAUAGAUUUGAAAAAGUAUU